CCCCAAAAAACCUUGUGAUUCCCCCCUGCGUGAUAAACAACACGCUACUCCCUGAGGAUUUUUUCUUUCUUUUUCUGCAGCUGCAGAGGUUGCUGCUUUAACGUAAUCCUGCAUGUAAAUGUCAGCCAAUGGAGUGUGGCGUUGAGUUGGGCUGGGAUUAGCAGGAGGCGAAUGAGUUUCAAUUUUACUGGAUUACAGAACAAAGAACGAAGGGGGAAAGGGACACCCUGGCUCGGUUAAAGCGAGGAAAGAAGAGCGAGAAGGAGAAGAAGGUUUCUUUUCCAACACGGCCGGGAUUAUGUGUUUUGUGGGGCGUCGUCGUAGAUGCGGGAGUCUUUUGUGAUGGAUUAAAGACAACAACAUAUUCCCGGAUUGACAGCAACGAGGCUAUUUAAUCGCUAAUUACGAGGCAUGGCUCAGAUGAGGAAGCUGCCAUGUGAAGGUGUCAGGACAAUCUCCCGAUGUGAGCCCCAGGCUCCUCUGGUGUCGGCCAGGCAGGAGAUCCUCACCAGCCUGGUGUCUGCCCUCGACUCUGUGUGCAUGGCCAUGUCCAAGCUGAACGCCGAGGUGGCGUGCGUCACCGUCCACGAAGACAGCGUGAUUGCCGUCGGCACGGACAGGGGCCGAAUUUUCCUGAACUCCAGGAGAGAGAUCCAGACGGACUUCUACAAGUUUUGCCGAGCGCCAAGCCUGCCAAUUGUGACCACGCCCGCCAAUACCAAAGAUCAGGAAGUUGAUCUGAGCAAAGCCAGCAAGGACGCGGAGCACGGGAAAGCCAGAGCACUUCCGGAUGCCCCGUCCAACGUCUUUGUUCUGAGGAAGAUGGUGGAGGAAGUCUUCACUGUGCUCUACAGCGAAGCCGUGGGAAAGACUUCCCUGAUCCCCGUGCCUUAUGAGUGGAUCCAGAAGGAUCCCAGCUGCCUUGUUGUUAAUGGUCUACCGGAGGGAAUCUCCUUGAAAAAACCCUCCGAGUACGACACCAAGACCUUGAUGAAGAUUCUGGAACAAAGCCACCGCAUUCACUUCACGGUCAAAAGGCCAAUGGAUGACUUGUCUCGAGAAACCAAGUCCACAAAUGCAGAAAGUAACCACAACUCUUCCGGCGACAGCAUGUCGACGGUGAAGACUACUGGCCAGGUAGUCACACCAUCAAGUCCUGCCACUUCCGCCAACUCUGUUCUCUCAAACUUCCUGUACGGCAUGCCCAUGUCCUCCAAACCCCACCCAGAUGGCAAGCUGGACUUCAAGCCCACGUCCCUCCUUGGCCUGGGCAAGGACCGCCUGGCCCACUGGAUAGACAAGAACACAUGUGGGAAAGAUACCGCUAGCAAUGAUGACUCAACAAGACUACCUGGUGAACAGGGUCAGACCCCUGCGAGUGUCCACAUAUCCAAGAGGCUACUCUUCUCCAUAGUGCAUGAAAAAUCAGAAAAAUGGGACUCGUUCAUCCGGGAAACAGAAGAUAUUAACACGCUAAGGGAAUGUGUCCAGAUCUUGUUCAACAGCAGAUACGCCGAGGCCCUGGGUCUCGAUCACAUGGUGCCUGUCCCGUACCGCAAGAUAGCCUGCGACCCCGGCGCCGUGGAUAUCAUCGGCAUCCCCGACCAGAUCCCUUUCAAGAGACCCUGCACUUACGGCGUCCCCAAGCUCAAGCGCAUCUUGGACGAACGCCACGGAAUCCGCUUUGUAGUGAAACGGAUGUUUGAUGAAAGGAUUUUCACAGCUGCCGGCAAAAUGGCGAGGGAGGAUGGCAAGCACGACUUGGGAUUGGCACAGGAAGAUGGUUUACCAGAGAAUCUAUGCCUGCCGCCCGCCACCGCCACAACAGAGGUGGUCGGCAAUCCUCACAGCAGCCGGACGAGUGCUUGUGUGAGUCCCCUUGCAGACUGUGAAGCAGGUCCUUCUGGAGAUUGCAUACCUCCGAAAAGGAUUAAAACAGAGCCUCCGGAUGGAGAGAUCAUCCAAGUUACAGUGCCAAUAGAUACUGGUACGAGUAUGGAGGAGCCUAGUGAGCCUGUGUCCUCACCCUCGAGCGUCUCAUGUCCGCUCUCGGCCUCACCGUCUGCUGCCCCACAACAGCAGGCUGAGAACCACGCAGCUGAAACGUUGUCUACGAAUGCCAAACCCCCGAACAUCCGGAGACCGACUGAAGUUGGUAGCCUGGUGGAGGACAUUAGUGAAAUGAUUCUUCAGCUGCGCAGAGAAGUGGAGAACUUGUUCAGCAUCAAAUAUGCUGAAGCUUUGGGCCUCCCUGAAGCGACCAAGGUGCCCUACUCCAAGUUCCAGAUGUACCCUGAGGAUCUGUUCGUCACCGGGUUGCCUGAGGGGAUCUCCCUGCGACGGCCCAACUGCUUCGGGGCGGCCAAGUUGCGCAAGAUACUGGCCGCCUGCAGUCAGAUCCAGUUUGUCAUCAAAAAGCCUAAGCUGCUGAGCGAGCAAGUCAAACAAGAGAUGCCUUCUGUCGCCGUCUGUGACGCCAAAAGUUCAGAGCUGGACGCAGUCAAAGACGUGACCCCGCUAACAGAGGACACCUCAGCUUUGUCCAAAAGACCUGCUUUCUCAGAUUGCCUGGAGUCCAAGUUGUCCAGGAUUGACUUGGCCAACACACUGCGGGAGCAAGUCCAGGACCUGUUCAACAGGAAGUACGGCGAGGCACUAGGCAUCAAGUACCCGGUGCAAGUGCCUUACAAAAGGAUCAAGAACAACCCGGACUCUGUCAUCAUCGAGGGACUCCCACCGGGGAUCCCCUUCAGGAAGCCCUGUACGUUUGGCUCCCAGAACCUGGAACGUAUCCUGGCAGUCGCCGACAAGAUUAACUUCACCAUCACCAGACCUUUCCAAGGCCUCAUUCCAAAACCUGCACCUCGCAGAGUCACUUUACUCAAGAAGGCGUACGCUUCCAUAAGCGACGACGACGACGUCAACCGACUUGGAGAGAAAGUUGUCCUCAGAGAGCAGGUCAAGGAGUUGUUCAACAAGAAAUACGGCGAGGCUCUGGGCCUGGACCGUUCUGUGGUGGUGCCGUAUAAACUCAUCCGCGGGAACCCCGAGUCCGUGGAAGUGGACGGUCUCCCGGACAACGUCCCUUUUCGCAACCCCAACACCUACGAUGUGGUGUGCCUGGAGAAAAUCUUGGAGGCUGCCGAGAAGAUCACGUUUGGCGUCAAGACGGAAUUACACCCUUUUGCAGAACGCUGCGGCCAGUCUUGCAACACGGCUGCAGCAGGCGACGCCUCCACUAGUCGACGAAAGCGCAAACGAGUCCAGGAGAGCCAUCGAGGGCCCGCCUCCUCCGAGCUGGCACCGUCGACCAAUCAGAUUCCAGUAAUGCAGUGGCCAAUGUACAUGGUGGACUACAGCGGCGUCAACAUGCAGGUUCCCGGCAAAGUCAAUUACUAAAGUUCCCCGAUUUAACGUUGGGCCUAAAAGAUGGACCCCCGUCACUGCGUCGAGAACAAUCUCCAGGUGGACAUUUUGGUGGCGAAGGUUCGUGAAAAGGCGUCCGAUUGUAUUGCAAAGACGGUAAUCAUUUUUGUUGUUUUUUUUUGUCUAACUUAGCUGAAGCGUUAAACCACGGCCCGCAAAAAAAUGUAUAACUGACAGUUACAUCCGUCAUAUUCAAAUGUUUGUACUUUUUAUUUAUUAUAUUUAUUGAACUAUAACAUUAUGUGCAGGGAUGUAUAAAAAAAACGUUUAAAAAAGUAAUCUGUGGAAGACGACAACACUACCGCUUGCUGCUAGGGGGCGCCUGCGAGUCACACAUGCAGUGGAUAUAGAAAGUCAGCAUUUUUUUGGGUUUGUUUCAGAAUAAACUAAAUAUACUAUAUUAUAGUAUGAGGGCGACUUAAUUAGGAGCUGCAGGCAAAUAUUGUACUUUAAUUGGUUUUUGGACUGUGUUUGAAUAACCUUUUUUACUCAAAUUAGAAUAUUGUUUUUCUCCAGGAUCCAAACUUACUCAUGUAAAUCAUGUUACCUUAAUAUUGAAAUAUAAAGUACACUGAAGAUACGUUCGCAUUUUGACUCCCAACAUUUACAUUAAAAAAAUGUCUCAAUUUUUUGCUCUUUAAAAACUAUUUCUACAGGGUUGUUAAUAAAUGAAAUAUACAUAAAUCAUUUCAAAUUUAGUAGCCCAAACAUAUUAAUGUAAAUCAUGAAUUGCAGUGAUUCUCAAACUUUUUUCCACCGAGUACCACCAUAAAAAUACUGUAGCAUAGUAGGCCUAAGUAUACAUUAAAAAUAAAGCAGAGGUUUUAUUUACCAGUUAUAUUAUUUUUGGCCACUAACAUAACACAGUUUGAACAGUAACUGUGUUGUGAAUAUAGGAAAAUCAAACUCUGAACUUGAAUGUAUUGCCGUGAAUUUAAAGUUUGCCUGAAAAUUAUUAAAAAGUCAAAUGGAAAUGUGGGCCAUUUUGACUCACAAACCCCCCCCCCUUUUUUUUAAUAAAAGAUGCCCUUAACAUACUUCAUUUAUUUUUUUAUGUAAUUAUACAUAUACAGUAAGUCACUUUUAAUCGAAGUUUUACAAUUAAAAGGACAAGCGGUAGAAAAUGCAUGAAUGGAAUGACUUCUCAUGUUUUCCUUUCACAUCAUAAAAAACCUGCUUAUUUGAAUUUGGGUUGCUCCUCAUGUUACAAUUAUGUUUUUUUUCUCUUAUUACAAAUGACUAAACCUACUAAAAUAAGUCAAGUUAUGCCAGAAUAUAUAUUUAUACUGUACAUAAACUGAUAGAGGAAAACAAAUUGUAUUCAUUUUCGCCAUUUUGACUUUAAAAAAUCUCUUCAAAAUAUUUUUUCGAUUUUUUUCUUUAUUUAUUAUACACAUUACUAUUUUAUAAGCCUUAAAAAAACUAAUCACAUUUUCUGUUUUUGCAUAAUAAAAACAUCUGUUAUUUUAAAUGUAGUUGCUCCAGAGGCCCGAACCCUAUUAAAAUAAAUCCAUCCAUCCAUCCAUUUUCUACCGCUUGUCCCUUUUGUGGUCGCGGAGGGUGCUGGAGCCUAUCUCAGCUGUAUUGAGGCAGAAGGCGGAGUACACUCUGGACAAGUCGCCACCUCAUCACAGGGCCAACACAUAGAUAAAUCCUUCUUUGCCUAAUAUUUACGUCUGACAAAGAAGACUGAUUAAUCAUUCUGGCCAUUUUGACUCAAAGCCUUUUUUUUUUUUUUUUUUUUUUUUUUUUUACAAUUGUUCUUUUUUUUUUUUUUUUUUUUUUGCUGGGCUUGCCUCCUAUAUCCACUGUAUGGAAAGUGCCCACACAGGUGUCGGGCUGCUUCAGUAUACACAGCCUCUGUAUGUUAGCGGCACAUUAACAUGUAUGAUACGUCGUUGGAAAAAAACUAAACAAAAAGCAGAAUGUAUCAGAUGCGAGGAAUGAAUGGUAUGUUACUCUGUGACGACUAACCCCCAUUUAAUGAUGCUGUACCUUAACGCCAGUUAGGCCUUUUCAACAAUAAAAAAAUGUGUUGCCUUG